AUGGCAUCGAUUCUAAAAGCGAUACUGGACUGGCUUCGGAGCCUUUUCUGGAAGGAAGAGAUGGAGCUUACGCUGGUCGGACUGCAAAACUCGGGCAAAACAACAUUGGUAAACGUCAUAGCCUCUGGCCAAUUCACCGAAGACAUGAUUCCCACGGUGGGCUUCAACAUGCGCAAGGUAACCAAGGGCAACGUCACGAUGAAGCUCUGGGACAUUGGCGGCCAACCGCGGUUCCGAAGCAUGUGGGAGCGCUAUUGUCGCGGAGUCAACGCCAUUGUGUUUGUCAUCGAUGCCGCCGAUCAUAACAAGUUGGACCAGGCGAGGGCCGAGUUGUGGAGUUUGCUGGAGAAGCCGCAGUUGGCCAACAUUCCAGUUUUGGUCCUGGGCAAUAAGAAUGACUUGGACGAGUCUCUGACUGUGGAGCAGCUCAUCGAGGCUAUGAACCUGCAGGCUAUAACUUCGAGGGAGGUUGCUUGUUACUCUAUUUCUGCCAAGAAUCAGGUCAAUAUCGAUAUUACGCUCACGUGGCUCAUCCAGCAUUCGUCAUCGGCAUCGUCGCCGACCGCAGCACACGCCGAAAUGCCAAUGUGA